CCGCGCGCCCCGCCCGCCGCCGCCGCCAUGCAGUCGCCGGCCGUGCUCGUCACCUCCAGGCGAGUCCAGAAUGUCCACACGGGCCUUGACCUGACCGUGCCCCAGCACCAGGAGGUGCGGGGCAGGCUGAUGUCAGGCCACGUGGAGUACCAGAUCUUGGUGGUGACCCAGCUGGCUGCGUUCAAGUCGGCCAAGCACAGGCCCGAGGACGUCGUCCAGUUCCUGGUCUCCAAAAAGUACAGCGAGAUCGAGGAGUUUUACCAGAAACUGAGCAGUCGCUAUCCAGCGGCCAGCCUCCCCCCCCUCCCCAGGAAGGUCCUGUUUGUUGGGGACUCUGACAUCCAGGAAAGGAUUGCCGUGUUCAAUGAGAUCCUGCGCUGUGUCUCGAAGGAUGCCGAGUUGGCAAGCAGCCCAGAGCUGCUGGAAUUCUUAGGCACCAGAUCCCCUGGGGCUGUGGACCUCUCCAGCAGAGAGCAAUCAGUCCUGGCUGCCGACAGCCAGGCAGGGGACGCCGGGGAGGCUUUCGAUUUCUUCGAGCAGCAGGAUCGCGUGGUGGGAGCGGGUCCGCCCAUCCUGGGCCCGAAGGGUGAGGAUGUCGGAAAGGGCUCAGAAGAGGAGGAGGAGGACGAGGCACUGGACCCCCUGGGCAUCAUGCGCUCCAAGAAGCCCAAGAAACACCUCCAAGUGGUCGCGAAGCCCAGACCCUGGCCCCGGCUCACCAUCUUUGAUGAUGAGGUGGACCCUGACGAGGGGCUCUUUGGCCCGAGCAGAACAUUCUCACCACAGGGCCCUGCAGAGGAUACUGCCCCCCAAGACGCCCUGAAGUUGUUCGAUGACCCAGACCUUGGCGGGGCCGUGCCUCUGGGGGACCCCUUACUGUUGCCGGCCACCCGGGAGAGCCUGGGCCGUACGGACGCCUCCGAGGAGCUGUUCAGAACCCUGAGUGUGGGAGAGAGCUCGCUCUUCCCAGGCACAGCUUUCAGAGUUGAAGAGGACUUGGACCACAUUCUGAACCUGGGAGUUGAGCCCACGCCCAAGCCCAGGCCACCCGUGGCAGCCAAGCCUGUGCUACCCAGGAAACCAGCAGUGCCCCCCAAAGCAGUCCCGGCAGGAGCCGUGGCUGGGCAGCGGAAGCAGCCGCAGGUCCAAGCCAUGGACGAGAUGGAUAUCCUGCAGUACAUCCAGGACCACGACACACCUGGCCAGGCUGCCCCCAGCCUCUUCUGAGCCUGCCCACCCCUCUGCCCGCUCCCUGGCUAGACAGGCCCUCCCCUGUGGAGGGGGGCAGGCUGUGAGUGAGGUGCAGCGACUUCAUUCCCGAAGGAGGGGGCUGGAAGCCCAAGCAGCGGACCCCCAAAGCAUUGCUCCUUUCUCCUCUGGGCUCUGGGGUCACAGUGGAACCAUUGCAGUGGAAGGAGUGAGGGUCAUCAUGGGAAUUGGAGCCCAUGUGGUCCCAGGCUCCAUGGCUGUGCAGGGCACAGUGGAGGUGGGGUGCCUUGCUGAGCAGAACUGGGAACAGAGAGACCCCAUCCUCACUCGUGCCCACUGGGCACUGCCAGCCCAGAGCAGGCGAAGGGAGGACCUGGGCCUGGGUUGGGGGUUCUCCGCAAGCCACUGUGGAGUCUCUGGGUGGCCUGGCUCCGGGAGGGUCCCCCAGGAGUAGGAUCCCAAGUGGGUGCCUGGGAGAGCCAGGCUGCCCGGGCCUGAGCCGCUGCCACCAGGCUCUAGGCAAGCGCUUUUCCGAGUGACCCACCUUCUGGACCAGCCCCAGGCCCUCCCCUUCCUUUCCCGGGGAAGGCUAGGCUUGGGGCACAGGCCGGUGCCCGCCGUUCAGCUUGGAGCACAGUGGCUCAGCAGCUCCCCCAGAGCUCUGCCGGGACCCAGGCCAUGGUGGGCUUCUCGCCCAGUGCCGCCUCCACUCAAAGUGGGGCCUGGGCUUGAGGCUCCCAGACUUCUGCCUCCAGGGCCUUGUCUGUCGGGCCGAUGCCAUCAGGAACUUUGGGGUCUGGAUUUGCUCCCCACCUUUCACCAGUGGAAGACCCCUCCUGGGCAGGGUCAGUGCCUUAGACUCCCCCGGACCCCAGCUCAGGGGGCUGGGAAGAGCCUAGAACUCAGGGCAUUCUUGGUAAUUGAAUGAUGGCGCAAAAGGGGAAAGAAUGUCUUUUUGGGGUAUGGUUUUUAAUAAAACCCAACUGCUCUUGUU